AUGAGGUUAUCAACCAUUUCAUCCAUGAUUAUAGUCGCGGCAGCAAUUCCACAUGUUUCCAGCUCAAAAAGCUUGGUCCCAUCGCCACGACCAGCGUACACGAACCAGACAGCCGAUGUGUUGGCCGUUGGCCAUGCUGUCCGUAACCUUACGGAAACAGUCGAAUUCUACCAUAACUUGCUCGGUCUGGUCGUCUUAUCUAAUGAUGAACACUACAUCAAUGAUUUGACUUAUGCAGAAUUGACUGCAACUGACGGUGCCACUUAUCGUCAGGCAACUAUUGCCAUACCCAAUCAGGCCUGGACCCUCAAACUUACGGAAUACGCUGGCAUUGGGAGGACUGAACCCAAGCAACGCGAGCAGGAUCCAGCAACACCGGGUCUGACACUGACUGUCAAGAACGCGACGGAAAUCAACGACGUCAUAAGGGCCGCUAAUGUUUCAACGGUCAACGGSGAGCCGGUCCCGCAAGGCACAGGCACGAACACCACGUCGACUGUGUGGGUAUACGACCCUGAUGGUUACAUGGUCGAGCUGGUCCAACGCAGUGGCCCUUCGGACUACUUCACCGUUCCUGAGCCCAACAUUCAAAAUGGCACCGGAAUGAAGUACAUAAUUCGAGGCCAGUUGGAUCUCACUCUAGCCAACUACACCCAGGCUCUUACGUUCUACGCGGACAUUCUCAAGUUUAACGUCACGCCAGGUUUUGAGCCACUCAUCGGUCCGAACGAAUACGAGCAGGUUGGUUACAUUGGCUCCGUUUUCAACAUAAGUUCCAACGUCACCUGGGCGGCCGUGACGGGAAAUUGCGACCCCGUGACUCGCUGCGAGUACUACGAGUACGACGACCCCAACAGAGUCGCUCAGAUUGCCCCAGCCUCGGACAUUGGCAUUGGACUCACGUACUACGCUGUGCACGACUUAGAUGGCAUUCUAGAUCAAGUCCGUGCUGCGAAUCUCACCAUUGUUACCACUGGCGGUCAGCCGGUCACCGUGAGCGGAACAAGAAGUAUUCUCAUUAGGGAUCCGUCCGGAUACCUUGUACUUUUGGAAGAAGAAUUGUGA